CUUUCUGUUUGCGAUAUCUAUUGAUUCAUUCUUGUUUUCUGCUCAUCUCCCGAUAACUCUUGACCAUCAUGGCCCCCUACAAUGUUGUCGUCUUCGGUGGUGAUCACUGCGGUCCUGAGGUGACCGCGGAGGCUGUUAAGGUUCUCCGCGUGGUUGAGAAGGCCCGUGAGGGUGUGUCGUUCAACCUCCAGGAUCAUCUGCUCGGUGGUGCUUCGAUCGAUGCCACUGGAUCGCCAUUGACGGACGAAGCCCUCACCGCCGCUAAGAACGCCGACGCCGUUCUCUUGGGUGCCAUUGGUGGACCGAAAUGGGGCACGGGCGCUGUCCGCCCAGAGCAGGGCAUCCUGAAGCUCCGCAAAGAGAUGGGCACCUUCGGCAACCUGCGACCAUGCAACUUCGCCGCUCCCUCCCUGGUCGAUAGCUCUCCGUUGCGGGCCGACGUCUGCCGGGGCGUCGAUUUCAACAUCAUCCGCGAGCUGACGGGCGGUAUCUACUUCGGCGAGCGCAAGGAGGACGACGGCAGCGGAUUCGCUAUGGACACGGAGCCUUACUCGCGGGUCGAGAUCGAGCGCAUCAUCCGUCUGGCCGCGCACCUGGCCCUGCAGCACAACCCGCCCCUGCCCGUCUGGAGUCUCGACAAGGCCAACGUGCUGGCUACCAGCCGUCUGUGGCGCAAGGUCGUCACCGAGGUCAUGGAGAAGGAGUUCCCUCAGCUGCAGAUCGGACACCAGCUCAUCGACUCCGCUGCUAUGAUCAUGGUCAAGGACCCGCGCAAGCUGAACGGCAUCGUUGUCACGAGCAACCUGUUCGGUGAUAUCAUCAGUGACGAAGCGAGUGUUAUCCCCGGCUCGCUGGGUCUGCUGCCCUCUGCUAGUCUGAGCGGCAUCCCUGACGGUAAGAGCAGGGUGAAUGGUAUUUAUGAGCCUAUCCACGGCUCCGCCCCCGACAUCGCCGGCCGUGGCAUCGUCAACCCCGUCGCAGCCAUCCUCUCCAUCGCCAUGAUGAUGCAGUACUCCUUCGGCCUGUUCGACGAAGCCCGCGCCAUCGAGAAGGCCGUCAGCAACGUGAUCGAAUCCGGUGUCAAGACCGGCGAUAUCGGCGGCAAGGCAACCACCGCGCAGGUCGGUGAUGCUGUUGCUGCUGAGUUGGAGAAGUUGUUGAAGUAAUUCUUUUUGAACUUCCUCUUCUUUUCCUUUUCGGGUUCUUGAUGAAAUUUAUUAAAUGAAUAAUAAUAAAACAAUGCAUGGAUGAAUAGAUUUUGAGGUUUUGUUUUCUUUUAUUCGCUUAGUAUGCGAUGAUGUGAGAUGUACGACCGUACAUAGACCAGAUAAAUAUGUAGCUGGGAUGGAACUAGAAGGUGUGAGUAUAGCAAGG